GGGCCCGCAGCGGAAGUGGCGAACAUGGCGAGCGUCGGCCGGAAGUAGCCAGAGGUGCGAGGUACCUGGUGCUCAGAAGGUGCUCGCAGCAGAUCGUGAGAGAUGGCAGCUGAAACGAGCUCCCGGCCGCAGUCCUCGUGCGUUCUCGGCAAAGUCCGCCUCGCAGUGGCGCUGGCGGCGCUGGCGGCCCUGCUGGGCAGUUGCGGGCCGGCGCGCGCCGACGACGGGGGAUUCUUCCUGAAGGCGGCCAAGUCCCUGCCGAGGAUCGGCCGGCGCGGGGACCUGGACUUCUUCCUGAAGGCCGCCAAGUCCGUGCCGCGCAUCGGCCGGCGGGGCUUCACCGCGGCGGAGGGCCGCGACUUCGGGGACAAGCCGUGGUACCGCACCAUGGACACCGUCAUCAGACCGUCCCGGCGGUCGGACCCUGACCCAGAGCUGACCUGGGACAACCUGGACGAGGCUCUGGAGGCGAGACCCGAGCUGCUGCAGCUGCUGUCCAAGGACGCCGGCCUGAUGCCCCGGGACGGACCCGACUACGGCCGCCAGCGCCGCCGCGCCGCGGGCGACCGGGAGCUGCCCGAGGCGCGCCUGCAGCCGGAGGUGUGAACGGCGAGGACACAGGACGACGUCCCCUUCCCCUUCCUCCCCACCGGGCCUCUGACACGCACCCUUACUCGCCUUCCCCUUCUCCCCAGCCACUGACCUACUCCCCCCUCCUAGCAUUCCUUAACCUCCCCUCCGCAGUCGAAGACUCUCUCCCUUACUCGCUUUCACCUCCCGUCCCUCUCUCACCCUUACUCGCUUUCAUCUCCCCAGCCACUUCACCUACUCCCCCCUCCUAACAUUCCUAAACCUCCCCUCCGCAGUCGAAGACUCUCUCCCUUACUCGCUUUCACCUCCCGUCCCUCUCUCACCCUUACUCGCUUCCAUCUCCCCUUGGUCUCUGACGGACCUUCUUACUCGUCUUCCCCUUCUCCCCAGCCACUGACCUACUCCCCCUCCUAAUAUUCCUUAACCUUCCCCUCCGCAGUCGUAGACUCUCUCCCUUACUCGCCUUCACCUCCCAUCCCUCUCUCACCCUUACUCGCUUUCCCCUCCUUCCUCUUGGUCGCUGACGAACUCUUAUUACGCACCUUUCCCUACUCUACCCGAGUCCGCAACCCACACAACCUUAUAUCCGAACAUGUAGCUCAUAAUAGGUUGCCAAAAUUGAUCACCCUAAAAAUAUUUAGUAUUGGCCAACAUUCCUAAACAUGUAAUGGAAGUUACUCACAUGUUUAAUUGGAUUGGAACUACAAAAUGAAUAUUUUUUUGAAAAACUAAAUUAUUGCUGGUACUGAACCUUGGUAACCUAUCACACACCCGUUACUCAAAUUUAAUUAAUUCCUAAUAUUUUCUCAGUGUUAUUAAAUAUGUCUCUACUCUUUUAACGUGUUGUUUGUUUGCUGUAGGUGUGAUACUGGUUUUGUUGCAAGUUAAAAUUUUGUGCAGUUGUUUGGCAGGAAUGGUUGUCAGAAGUCGAGUUCACGACGUCCAGUUAUGAACUCACUUUAAGUGAGCUCACGUAUGUGAAAUGCUUGUCAUUAAAGUUUUACGUCUUCUAAGCAACACAUGCAUCAACUUCCAAGGAAAAUCGGGUGAACUCAAUGAUAAAUUAAACAGUUAUCGUCACUGAAAUAGCCAAAAGGUUUUUCACUGAUCCGAAAUUAACGUUUUUAGUUAAUUGUCAAUGUAAUUUAUUCCAUUCGGAGCAAUUUUCACUAUUUAAAACGUAGUGUUCAGAUGCAGUCACUAUUCCCCGAUACAUCACACAUAGCUGCGGAAUUCGAAUUAAUUUUGGUAUUAAUUUUUUUCCAAAUAAACUAUUUUCAGGGCGUUGCAACUAAUAUUAAAAAAUUAAAAUCAAUUUCUAGUUGUUUUGCCUGGGUCUACAAUAUUCUGAAGGAAAGAUUCUUAUUGAAGUUCUAAAACUGUCCGCGAUGCGCUCACAAAUAGAAAUUUCUUCUACAUUAUUGCGAUGGAUAUCGAACAUCGUGUAUUAUUCUAUAGUGCAUUCCCACUAACUUAAAUACUUUCAUAAACUUCAGAAAAUAUCUAACCACUACAGCAAUAUCUAAUAUACCUCAAAGCCAGGCAUACACCCACUGCGGAUGACAACAUCUUGGAUAAGUAGGUUCAUAUUAUUAAUACAUUUUUGCCAAAGUAAAAUAAAUCAAGGACUGUAUGUGUACAACUAUGCUGUAAUCAACACUAUAUGUAAAUACACACAACAAUUUCUUCAGUGGGCUAAAUUUUAUUUCACUCAAGAAGCAAGAUGAAACAAGUAAAAAAAAAAUAUAUAUACAGUAGUAAUAUUAGUGGCCGAAAAUACAUUUGCCAGCAAUGUUAGUUUAAUUAUAUUUAUUUCAUAUUUAUAUUUAAUUGUCAUGUUGAUUUAAAAAGAGGUAAUGGGUAUGAUGUAGUAAACUUUGUAGUUUUUUGUAAUGUUUAACUGAUUGGAUUUGAAUAAAAUUAAUUUGGACAAGA